AUGGAGUUGGGAAGGGGCACUCCCAUUACUUGGGAGAAGUUUAAGGAAGUUUUCAAUAGGACAUACUUCCCCGAUGUAGUAAGGGACUGUAAGGUAAGAGAAUUUUCUGAUUUGGUUCAGGGGGCUAUGACAGUGGAGGAGUAUGUUGCUAAGUUUGUUGAGCUCUCUCGCUUUGCUCCUUACUUGAUUCCGGAUGAGUCCAAGAAAGUGAAAACGUUUCGGGAAGGCCUUAAUGGUAAGAUUCGCCCUCUCAUUAUAGCCUCUGGAGUGGAUACUUUUAUGGAGGCUGUGAAGCAGGCAAUGAGUCUUGAAGAAGACUUUAAGUACAACCCCAGUUCCAAGGAGAGUGAAAAGAAGCAAGGGCCCUUUAAUUCUCAACAUGGUAAGGGUCAAGAGCAUAAGAAAGGAUUCUUUAAAAACUCGGGUAAUAGAGGACAAUCUUCUAGUCAAGCACUAAGCCAUUGUUGA